AUGUAUACAUAUUUUUAUAUGUUAUCUCUAUUUGCUAUUCUUCUGUUUGUGUUUCUCUUUCUAUUGCUGCUGCAGCCGCUGCGUGCAAGAAAGAUGGGGCUGUUGCUUGAAGAUGAGGAUUACACACCCCCACUAAAGGCCAAUAGGGUAGAAAGUCACACACCACCACCACCACCAACAACAACAACAAAGGUGGCACGAAAAGGGGGAAAAAGGGACGUGAGUCUUUCAGAACAUGAAAAGAAGCACGUUUCCGGCAGCUACACCAAGAACAGUGGGGACUUAUCUGCCAAAAUUGGGAUUCGACUCCGUGGUGGAAAUGGCAUUGAGAAGAUGGACGCAUUUGCAUUUGGUUUGGGUCGAUCGCCGGUGACAUUUGCCGACGCCUCGCCACUUCGGGUGCGAGGAGGUUCCAGCACUACGGUUUCGCAGGGCUCUCUUAAUUUUUCCGACACCCAACGGGAUCCACCACCGACGGUCGCGAAAUGCGUCAUGGCUUCCUCGCAGGACGUUUUAAAUACGGCCGAAAUCACACCGAAUGCCUCGUCGAACUCCACCACGACACAAAUGACGUCGUCAACCCCUUUUGACACCUCGGACGGUACAACAGGCUCUGCGGCAUCUGGGAACCCCGUGUCACGCUCACUGUUCAGUGAUGGGGCUGCGAUAAACCCUGACAUCACCCUUUCAGCCGUGCAGACGGGGGUUGAGGGUAAUGAAGCGGCACCGAAGCCGAAGGUUCAGAUGAAGCUUUCAGAUUUUUUUAAUAGAAUGGCAUGCACAAAGAAAAGUGAUUGA